GCCAAUUUUUGAAAUCUAAGAUUUCUGAAUAGAAAAAAACUAGUCGUCUCUGCACGAUUGCAUCGAUGAAGGUCUGGAUUUUUCUACUUCUCGUCGGAGUUAUUAACAAAGUGAGCACGGACAACAAGAAUGAUGUUAUCGAAAAGGUCGGAUGCGGACUCCACUCGACAAAUGUUGAGCUUGCACAGACACGAUCCGCACAGGAGCCAGCAGAUUAUGUGACUUUGGAUCACCGACUUAUUGGUGGAUCGGAAAGCAGCCCACACUCUUGGCCAUGGACUGUUCAACUUCUUUCACGCCUUGGCCAUCAUCGUUGCGGCGGAUCGCUAAUCGAUCCCAAUUUUGUGCUCACCGCAGCCCACUGUUUUGCCAAAGACCGCCGUCCAACGUCUUAUUCGGUACGAGUGGGAGGACAUCGUUCAGGUUCUGGAAGUCCACACCGUGUGACAGCUGUAUCGAUUCAUCCAUGGUAUAACAUUGGAUUUCCAAGUUCCUAUGACUUCGCGAUUAUGAGAAUUCAUCCGCCAGUCAAUACUUCAACUACAGCUCGCCCGAUAUGUUUGCCAAGCCUUCCAGCCGUCGAAAAUCGGCUUUGUGUGGUUACCGGCUGGGGAUCAACAAUCGAAGGAAGCUCAUUAUCGGCACCGACUUUGCGUGAAAUCCAUGUUCCACUUCUAUCAACGUUGUUCUGUAGCAGUCUUCCCAACUACAUUGGCCGAAUUCAUCUCCCGUCUAUGCUAUGCGCUGGUUAUAGUUAUGGAAAAAUAGACUCAUGCCAGGGAGAUAGUGGCGGCCCUCUUAUGUGCGCUCGCGACGGUCAUUGGGAGCUGACAGGUGUUGUGAGUUGGGGAAUUGGUUGUGCUCGUCCCGGAAUGCCUGGAGUUUAUGGAAAUGUGCAUUCGGCAUCCACGUGGAUCAACCUCGAAAUGAACAGACUUCGAAUCUAAUUCUCUACCGUUUUUUUUCUAUAAGUUUAGAAUAUUUUCUGUACAUAUUUGGUUUUUUUUUUCAUACUUACCCGUAAAUUUAUGUGAAUGAAAUGUUUACCGUCUUU